GGACAUAAUUGUCAGUAUUUAUGAUGCAAGCAAAUUUAAAAGGUGAAGAUUACAAAUUCGAUUGCCAGAAAGCAACAGCAGUAGUUCUGAUCUAAUCAUGGUUGUCACUGUAUCACAGUUGAACGCUAUUCUUUCUGCCUGUGGAUAUGCAGCAGUGGAUGGUGAGCUUGCUGACAUAGUCGUUCGCUGGACUAACGUCGCUAUUCAUGACCCUAAUGAGGCGGCCAUGUUCAUCGCGCACUUUAUCCAUGAAACCGGUGGCUUCCAGCAUCGGUGGGCAAUUAACCCUCCGCAGUCAACAUGGGAUUAUGACUGUCGUGACGCGUGCAACAACAUUUACGGGUACGAUAAUUCGCUGCAGAAUGUGGCAGAAGAUGUCACAACUAAGAGACUCUUGUUCUGGCUGAAAAGAGUAUGCCCCUCAGAAGCACCCUUCAACUUUUAUCUCACGACCAAGGUUAUCAAUGGAGAAGUGGAGACAAGUUCCAGCCACCCGAGCGCAAAAAAACGUUACAGGUUAUAUCUCAAAGCGGCCGACGUGUUGGGUGUUCAAAAUUUGGCAAGCGAAGGUUGAUCGAAAACGUCCAGCGUUUUAUCCACUAACUAACAAUGGGACAACAAAACAAGUGGUAGUGAAAUAAAUAUCGCUGAAAUUUGA